AUGAAAAGAGCAGUCGUUUUCGAAAGCUCAAAACCCUUGAGGCUCACCGACUAUGCUAUUCCUACUCCCCCUUCCAACGGAGCAGUUGUUAAGAUCACGUACUCUGGCGUGUGUCACUCAGACAUCCACUUUUGGGAGGGUUUUGAUAAUCUACCUGGCCUGAAGGAGUUAGCACCAGGCCACGAAAUUGCCGGAGUCGUAGAAGCCCUAGGUGACGAUGCAGGGACAGAGUUGAAUGUCGGAGACAAUGUAGUGGUCUAUCCCUGGCUGGCAUGCUUAGAAUGCGCCCUGUGCGUCGGCUGGCGUUCUAAUCUCUGUCGCGACAUUAGACAAAUGCUUGGAUUUAGGCAGCACGGAGGAUUUGCUACCCACGUGGUGGUUCCUAUCGUUGAGAGGACGGUGCUGAGGAUUCCCCGGGGUCUGUCCCCUGAGGUCGCCUGUAUGCUCCCCUGUAGUGGAAUUACUACGUACAACGCUGUGUUGAACACACGGGAUACUCUGCAGGACAUGGUUGGUUUGAAGGUCUACUGUAAAGAUAUCACAGAUAAUUGA